GCCCACUACAUUUCAUCACAGUCUCAGAUUACCGCUGAACAGAAGGUAGCUUCCCCUAUAAAUAUAUUAAACUUUCCCAAAACUCAGUCCUGUGCCAGAAGCUGAGCUGUGGACAAGCAGGCUGCUCUACGUGCUCAGGAAGAACCACUCCAUGUACCCAAUGCUUGUGCUGCUGGGGCUCACUGCCCUCCUGGGUGCCUCCCAGGGCUACCCAGACUGCUAUGGCAGCGUAAGCAGAAUUAACACCCCUGGAGCUUCAUGCAAAACUGCAAGAGCAGAGCGUUUAUCCUACUGUGAAGUUAGAGCUUCAGAAAAGAUUGCUGAACGGGACCUAGAAGCUAUGAAUCAAUAUAAAACACUCAUUAAGAAAGUUGGUGAAAAACUGUGUAUUGAACCAGCCCUGAUUGCUGGUAUCAUCUCCCGGGAAUCUCAUGCUGGCAAAGUACUGAAGAAUGGCUGGGGCGACAAUGGAAAUGGAUUUGGUUUAAUGCAGGUUGACAGAAACUCACAUACACCUAGGGGACAAUGGAACAGCGAAGCUCAUCUUACCCAGGGCACAACCAUACUUAUAGAGAUGAUAAACAGAAUACAGAAAAAGUUCCCAACCUGGACAAAGGAUCAACAGCUGAAAGGUGGGAUUUCAGCCUACAAUGCUGGUGAUAAGAAUGUCCGAAGCUAUGACAGGAUGGACAUCGGCACUACCAAUGACGACUACUCAAAUGAUGUGGUUGCACGAGCCCAGUACUACAAGAAACAUGGAUUCUAGACUCGGGAAUCACUAUGGAACCACUUCCUCACUGUCACCUGCAUGACACAGCUGAGGGAGCCAAGACACAAAGCAGCUUCUCCUGCAAAUGUAUACGAAUACAAAUGUACAGGAAUUAAUUACAUGAAUAAGAAUUUGCACACUAAACCCCUGAAUUUUUAAAACAAUAUUCAGUAAGAGACCAAUCACAUAGUUUCUUUGCAAGCAGUAUGGUUUGGAUUUGACGAAGGGAAUAUUACCAAAAUAUUAAUAAUUUUUUUCCGCUAUCUACAUAUUUCUCCGAGCUAUGAAGAGUAGUUUGUUUUGCUAUUGAAAAUUUGCUGCCUUCCAGAUCUUAAAACACGUUUCUGCCAAAAUCUGUCAUUCUGUUAAGAAAUCAAAAGGCAAAAUACUUUCUUGGGUAUUAGCUUCAUGAUUUAUUUUUCCGAGGCUGCUCGAGAUUUGUGUCACGUUGCAGAGCAGUCUUUUGGUUUUUUUCUUAAUGCUAAUUUUUCAUAUAAAUGCACAGAAUAUUGGUGGAUGUUUUCAGUCAUACAGGAAUAAGCAAACAGAAACUGAAUAGAAGUCUUAUUAGCAAAUGAAGCAGGACUCUAAUGUAAGCAGUGUCAUGUCUGUUAGCAAAGUUUGGAUGAAUAUGAUGUCAAUUCUAGGCAGACAGAGAAAUUGAGAAGAAAAUGGAAUGAAAUACAUGUUUGUGCUUCAUAAAUUCUUUUCCCUCUCUGCUGCUUGUAGAAGAGUGACACUCAGGAAAACAACAGUCUUUAGGUUUGGCAUAUUUUGGUGCCACUAUUCAUUCUAGACCUGGAAAUUAACUAUUUCGGGAGUGGAAGGGUGAAAAAGCAAGGACAGAAGAGGGGAAUGAGAAGCCCUCCAGGGCCAAAGGAAGAGUUGGUUUUGAUUUGACAGCAAACAGUGCGAGCUAUGCUUUUCUCACCAGCAUCCACUUGCAUGCUGGGGGAACUUCCUUUAUUCUUCCACGAUGUGCAUACCCUUUUGGACUGGUAAUAACUGUAUGUUGAAAUAAUCAGAAAAAACCUUGCAGCAAACAUCUUAAAUAAACAGGGAAAUGCAAUCUGAA